ACACAGCCUGAGAUGUGUUUGCUGUCUGCCCUCUAGCUUUACAGAGCUCAUUUUUAUCAAAUCCAGCUAGCAUAUGCAAGCAGUUUGUGGACCACACCAUUGGUGUAGAGAAGUGCUUUGUGGUGCACAGAGAAAUAUUACUGUAUUCUUCAGUUCUGUACAAAUUCACCCUCCCUGCUCUAUUAGAAUGAAGAGCUCUUGAACAAACUGGAUCAGUAUCUCAUGAAGUAGAAGAAAAGUUGAAGUGGGGGACAAUCUGAAAUCCUCUGUUCUGCCUGCUGAAUUUGGAAGGAAGUGGGUGACAGACUUGCACAGGUGUUGAAUUCUUCUGUUUAUGGGGAGAAACAAGUACAAAAUCCUUGACGGAGAACCACUAGGCUUGUAUACUGCUUUUUAACAAGACUGCAGGCAUCAGAGGCAAUGAGAAACGGAGGACACGCUUCCAAAAUAUAUUGAGCAUGGGAGGAAAUUCAAAAGAUGAACACAAGUUGUGGGGGAGUCAGAGCCAAUCCCAGCAAACACAGCCUGCCCUAUGUGUUUGAGCUCCAUGCCAGAUGGGACUGAACCAGGAAGGAGUGGCUAUUCGUAGCACUGAAUUCCCUUAAGCGAGUGAUUAACUGGCUAGCAUAAAAAGGUUUGACAAGACUUUAGAGGCCUUGUGUGAUAAGAAUGUGACAACACGGCUGCCAGUUAGGACCUUCAUGUGAGGAUCUACCCACAGGGCACUGUCACGGGAAGAUUUCAAACUUGUUUCUUAUUAAAAACGUCUUCAUAUUAAGGAUGCCGGCCAAGACGCCCAUUUAUCUCAAGGCAGCCAACAACAAGAAGGGAAAGAAAUACAGGUUGAGGGAUAUCUUGUCUCCUGAUAUGAUUAGUCCUCCACUCGGAGACUUCCGACACACCAUUCACAUUGGGAAAGGAGGGGAGCAGGACGCCUUUGGAGACAUGUCUUUUCUUCAAGGGAAAUAUGACCUUCUCCCAGGUAAAGAAGAGCCGGUUGCUCAACAGCAUGUUGCAUGCAGUGAGUUCUUCAGAGCAAACAGCACCUCUGAUGCCACAUUGGCAGAGACUCCUUCUCCUGUAUUAAAAAAUGCCAUUUCCCUUCCCGCGAUUGGUGGUUCACAAGCUCUUACUCUGCCCUUGCUCUCCACAGUGGCAUUCACCUCAACCCCCGAACACUUAGACCCAGUACAGAGACUCCCAGUCACGGCCGAAGCCAAAACAGAACUGGGGAAAUUAGAAGAGAACGAGCUCCGCCUUUCCAUGGAAGUUCUUAAUUCAACCCAAACUCUCUUGACGGAAAAGGCACCGAAACCAAACCUUUCAUCCUACAUGCCAAAGGAAAAAACAAAUCCACUUGAAAAUGAUAAAUUACAUCUGAGAGAUAAUGGAUUUAAAAACACUGCACGCAGUUACACUAAUGGCAAUGGCGCAAUUCUUCAUUCUUCAGAUAUUUCUGGAUAUUACGCCGAUUGGUUGAAAGACAGUACUGCAGAGGACAGUCGCCUGUGCGACUCUGAGUUUAAACUAACAAAAGGGAAAAGUGGUUCAGGAGACUCCAUUUCAAAGAUCACUGGCUCCCUCCUGUCACUUGAACUGGAUUUGGGACCUUCUAUUUUGGAUGAAGUUCUUAAUGUUAUGGAUAAAACAAAGACGACAGGCAAUCAGUGAUUUAAUUGCAGUAUAGGAAAACAAACAAAGCAAUGGGCACAAAGACUUAGGCAUAUCACCACAUGCUUGAGAUGUGGACUGGAAAAAUACAGGAGUGGCAAGACUAUUUAUUUACAUUUUUUUACAUUUACCUUAUUGUCUGUCUUUUGUACCUUUUUUUGCGUAGCUUGCAAAAAAAAAAA